CAAAAUGAGACCUGUUCCUGAAGCCACUGGCUCUCCUUCGCGCGAACACAACGACUGGAGCAUCCAGAUCGACCGGUUCGGCCUGAGUCCGCGCCGACUGAAGAUUGUCUGUGUCGGCGCUGGAUUCUCUGGUCUGACGCUGGCCUACAAGCUGAAGCAUGAGCGACCGUUGGAUUAUGUCGAUUUGGUGAUUUACGAGAAGAACAAUGAGGUGGGAGGGACCUGGUAUGAGAAUGUCUAUCCCGGUGUUGGCUGUGACAUUCCUGCUCACAGCUAUGUCUUCCCCUUCGAGCCCAACCCCCGAUGGUCCAAGUUCUACGUGGAAGGAGCAGAAAUCCAGCAGUACAUCCUGGACACGACAGAGAAGUACAAAUUAAGAGAGAAUAUCACCUUCAACACCAAGAUCACCAAGUCGGUCUGGGAUGAGGACAAUGGCAAGUGGAAGAUCGAGCUGGAGCAGCACGGCAGUCUCAUCCACGAUGAAGCCGAUAUUCUCAUCAACGGCAGUGGCAUUCUCAACCAAUGGAAAUGGCCCGACAUCGAAGGACUGCAUUCGUUCCAAGGAAAGCUGCUUCACAGCGCCAAAUGGGACCCCAACUACGACUAUACAGACAAGAAGAUCGCCGUCAUUGGCAAUGGCUCCUCGGCCCUCCAGCUCGUCCCAGCCAUCCAGCCGAAAGCGUCAAAACUGGUCAACUACAUCCGCCAGCCCACCUGGGUGUCGACCAAUCUGUGUGGCAACGUCACCAAAGACCAGAUGGGCACCAACUUUGCCUUUACCGAAGAGGAGAAGCAGGAAUUCGCGGAUGAUCCGGGAAAGUUUCUCGCAUACAGAAAAUAUGUUGAAAACUCGGUCAACUUUGUCUUCCGGCUGAUGCUGUCCGGGUCGGAAGAGAACAAGUUCAUCCACGAUCUGGUCGAAGGCGUCAUGAAGCAGCGGCUGGCCAGGAAUCCUCACUUGAUCGAGAAGCUCAUUCCGGAAUAUGAGACUGGCUGCCGUCGUCUCAGUCCGGGCGAUGGAUAUCUCGAAGCGCUGCAGGAAGAGAAUGCCAAAUGGUGUUUCAGCAAGAUCAAGCGAAUUACAGCAAAUGGAAUUGAAACAGAUGAAGGCGAGGAAGAGUUUGACCUUAUCGUCUGUGCCACUGGAUUCAACACCUCGUUUGUUCCUCCGUGGAAGCUGAUCGGUCGUGAUGGCCAUCGCCUGGACGUCGCGUGGAUGAAGAAACCAGAAGCCUACUUUUCCGUCUGCGCGGCGGGCAUCCCCAACUUCUUCAUGUUUGCCGGGCCCAACUGCCCCAUUGGCCAUGGAUCCGUGCCGCAGAUGCUGGCCUGGAGUGGCGAUUACAUGCUGGAUUGGGUGGAGAAGAUGGCGGUUGAUGAUAUCAAAUCCAUCGCGGUGAAAGAGUCCGUCGUACGGGACUACUAUGUCUUUGUGCAGGAGAACCUCAAACGGGCUGUCUGGUCCAAGGGAUGCCAUACCUGGUAUAACAGUGCAAAGGGCAACGAGCAGACACCGACGGCCAUGUAUCCAGGCAGUGCUCUCCAUUACAAAGGUAUGUCCCUAUCCAUCUCUACGGAUGACGCUGACCGAAUAGCUGCUCUCGAGACCAUCCGUGGCGAACAUUUCGAUAUUCGAUACGAAACAGCGAAUCCCUUCAAGUAUCUGGGCAAUGGCGAGAUGGAGUUUGAACGCACUGGAGGGGAUCUGUCGUAUUAUCUCAAAUGAUGACUUGUAUAUGUAGGAAUGUAGGAUACGAAUGCACUGCCACGAUGAUAACACCGUUAAUUCCUAACUCCGUCACUAUUUGGAGAACAGCAUCCCUUGAUCUCUGACUCAAUCAACAUGAAGAUCAUUCUCUCUGGCUGCAC